UCAACUGCUAGCUUUGUUCUGUUUUUUCACAAUCAGCGUUGUUUCAGCUUGCCUUGGCUUGAUUCCAGGGCAGCUGAGACCACGCAAUAUUUAUUUUCUCUUCAACAUCCUGGAGAGCAACUAAGACAAGACAAGACGGACAGAACUGACAGAUACUCCAGCAGAAAGACCUGCAUUAAUGCCAACAGACAUGGAGGGGUCCAGUGACAGGAUUUUAUUCUGCAGGUGGUUGCGCCACAGGGUUCCUGCGGCCCACCAAGAGGAACUGUACCACAUCCUAAAGAUGACAGGGCCUCUGCUGCUCUCUCGAAUCCUCAAUUACCUCUUGCCAUUUGUGGUGACAAUGUUCUGUGGGCGCCUGGGAAAUGAAGUGAUGGCUGGCUAUGGAUUAGCUUGUGCUACCAUUAAUGUCACAACUGCAGCAACAGGAACUGGUCUGGGGCUGGCGUGUGAUACUUUGGUGUCUCAGACAUUUGGUGGUAAGAACCUGCGUCGGGUGGGAGUAAUCCUGCAGAGGGGCAUCAUCAUUCUGCUGUUGUUCUGUCUGCCCUGCUGGGGUCUACUCAUUAAUGCCCAGGCCAUCCUAUUAUGCAUGGGCCAGAGCCCUGAGGUGACCAGAAUAGCCCACGUAUAUAUUACAAGCUUCCUCCCUGCAGUACCAGCAAUGUUUCUACAACUUCUUCAAGUGUCUUACCUGCAGAACCAGGGUAUAAUACUGCCACAAAUGUACGCUGCUGCUUUGGCAAAUAUAGCAAACUUGGUGACAAACUACAUCUUCCUUUACUGGCUGGAUCUGGGUGUAAGCGGAUCUGCAGCGGCCAAUGCUCUGUCUCAGAUUUACAUCUGUGCUUUUCUGUUUGCUUACAUUCGGUGGAAGAAGCUCCAUGUAAAAACAUGGGGAGGCUGGUCUGUAGAAUCGCUGCAGGACUGGGGCUCCUACAUGAAACUGGCUGUUCCCAGUACAUUGAUGAAGUGCUUUGAGUGGUGGCUAUAUGAGUUUGGUGGAUUCUUUGCAGGAAUGCUGGGUGAAGACGAGCUGGCAGCCCAACAUGUUGUGAUAAUGGUGGCUUUCAUAACCUACAUGUUCCCUCUAGGUAUUCAAGCUGCAGUGUGCGCACGAGUGGGAAAUGCUCUCGGUGCAGGAAACACUGCCAGGGCCAUCCUCACCAGCAAGAUCUCAUUCGCUCUUGCAAGUAGCAUUGCAGUUGUGGAAGGUGUUGUGCUCGGCUCUACUAAGACAUUGAUUGGCCACAUCUUUACCUCUGAUGAGAAGAUCAUAGGUCUGGUCUCGCACUUGAUGAAUGCCUACUGUUUCCUUCAGUUCUUUGAUGGUCUUGUGUGUGUGUGCACAGGCAUCUUCUUGGGAACAGGCAAACAGAAGAUUCCUGCUGUUGCCAACUUCAUUGGAUACUACUUUAUAGCACUUUCAAUCGGCGUUACUUUGACCUUUGUUACAAAACUUGGAAUUUUUGGUUUUUGGCUCGGACUACUCAUAUGUGUCAUUUUACUAUCCACCUUCGAUAUCAUUGUAAUCUUCAAGCUCGACUGGAAGAAAAUUACAGAGGAGGCUGUGAAGCGAGCACAGAAAAACCCUCCCAUGACUUUAUUAAGCACAGAUGCCCUGUCAGACACAGCGGGUAACAACACUGAUGACCAGAGAGCGAGUAAUGAGAAUUCAGUGGACGGCCACAUGUAUGUGGGCAUCGGUUGCCAUGAUGGAAAGACAGAGACAGAGUGUGGACAUGUGGUCCAGCAGCUGAAGGGUGGCCGUCUCUCCACCACACAGCUGAUCCUCAGGCGAAGCACCGUUAUGUUUGCAGCAGUUUCCCUUCUGGCUGUGGGAGCAAGCGUGCACUUCCUGGUGCCCUUGCCAGAGACAUCGCAUUCAGAGGCCAACUUUACUUUGGACUGGACCAAUACGUCAUAUUCCCCUGAUAACAUUUUCUCCACUGCACCAGUCCCAAUAGAAGGAUAACCUUAUGAUCAUUAAUCCCAAAAUCAUUGUUCUCACUCGAUGCCAUAAAAUACUGAAUUUUAGUUUUUGCCAAUGGUUUAAAUAAUGUUUUCCUUUACGCAAUUAAUGUAUUAAUGGAUAAUUAAAUAUUUAUGUUAAAUCUGCUCGUGUUUCUAAAAGUGAAAAUAAAAUGUUGAUUCCAAGAAUACCACGAAGCUUUAGUUUAUUAAAUUAAUUACAAAAUGUUUGGGAAUAUCUGGUGUUUGACUCUAUCUCUUUGACAGAAUGUGGUUGUGAGCAACCGUUGUGAGAGGAUUCACUAGAAACACUAACAGAUUAAAAGGGGAAUCUAGUUACGUAAAUAAGAAUUCAUGAGUUAUGUAUUAGAGAUAAAUGUAUUUAUUUCUGCUCGUCUGCACCUGUGACUAUCUUCUGCACGUCCUGCUGUUGUAUCAUGUCAUACAAACAUCUGUAUCAGAUUGUCCAUCAGUGCCUAAGGGGUAACUUCAAAUUCUUCGGGUUGCUGAAUACAAAAUACUUUGCUCACAAUGAAUUAAACAAGUGAUUGAGCAGCAGAUUAAUAACGAUUCCCGCAGCCAGGAUAAAGAGCAUGAUAGCCAGAACCAGGCCUCUGCGCAGAAGCAGAUUUCUGAGAGAUAGCUCCUCCUCCCCUGGUAUCCCUGCGGGCCCCGCCUCACGGUCAACCAGCUCCAUGGUGUCUGUUCCUGCACUGUACUGUGAGUCCCCUGGAUCACA